AUGCAUAACCAGGCGCCCCGCCUCACCCGCCUUUUCCAGAAUUGGCCGGGCUUCAGGCUUGCUUGGCCCACGGACAAGAAAUCCAAGAAGACAUUAAUACGCUCGGAACGCGUCUCGGGGAUGGGCAUGAUGUUGCUCAACCUUCGAGUGGGAAAGCACCGUACAGGGACCCCCUACACACCAGCCGAAGCGAUCCUGAACCUCACACCACAAUUUGCGCCGCCACAGAGGCGAUGCGCGACCAGAAGAAGCACGUUGUCAUACACGCUCGCGGCGUGUGGAUGGCUGGAGAAUUCAUACAAGGAGAGUCCUCACUUGGCGGCGUUCAGCUGGGGGCCCGUUGAGGUCGCCGAAGUCUGUGUGAGGUGCACUGAGGAGGGCAAGCGGUACUUCCGCGACGUUGACAAACAGGAGGUCACCCUGGACGACUCGGCGAUCUUCCUGGCUUUCAGACACCCGAAAACCGGCAAGAUCAUGAAGGCCCUCAUGGAGAGCACGCAAGCAAGCUCCGCACACACCGGCCCGGAGACGUGCAAGACCGGCGCUGAAACGGCCGACGUCGACUGA